AGACAAACUAGGCAAAACCCGCGCUACGCCGCGGAAUAUUAUAACACUAACUGAUUUUUACCUUAAAUAUUUUUAAAAUGUGUUUUUAUUUGAUAAUUGUUAUUUAUUUAAAUUUAAUGUUAUUAAUAUUGUGAAAAUUGUGAUAAGUAGAUAUAAACAUAUUUUAGUUAUGCAUAACUUUUAGUAAAAGUUUUAUUUUUUUUUAUUUAAUAAGGAUCUUUAUAUAUUUGUUAAUUUGUUGUUUCCUUGUGUAAGGGAUUUUUUAGUAAUCACUUUUUUUUGUUUAAUGCAUGAUAUUAAAGUUUGUUUUAUUUUUGAUUUUUUUACUGUUAUAUUGUAUUUUGGGGAAUACUUUGUUUUCUUUUUGAAAAAAGGGAAUAUUUACUUUUAUUGACAUAAUAAAAACACAUAUACUGAAAUGAAAUAUGAUGAUGAUAAUGAAUAUUGACGCUCCUGAUUGACAGGUGCCACUCAGUAUCAGUGUGCCAAAGCCUAGCAUGUGAAUUUCUGCGUGGAGUAGUGGAACCUAUGUUUAAAACAAAAGAGAUUCGAUUAAAGAACAAAACUUUGACAUCAGGUUUAGAGAACAAAUCUUAUUAUUUUGUUUCAUUCAUCAGAUCAAUUAUAUUAGCACACUUAAAAUGUAAGGUCGCUUGUAACAAAUAAAACUUCAGGUACUGCCUUUCCUAAUUGUCUUCUAUUAAACCAAUAAGAAAUAAUGUCAACAUGUACCACGAGAUAUAUGCAAACCAACAGUUUUACUUUUAAAGCUAUUAAGAUAAAGUGACUUACGUGUGAUUUAAGUGUACGCCAGAGACCCAUCUUCACUUCUGAAAGGAAGACGGACCCAAAACAAAAAACAAUUACACAUUGACUUGAAGUCAUAAUCACUUAGACCAUCUUUAACGCUGAUCCUUAGUGAGGUUUUAAGGUAAAUAACUGAUUUAAAUUAAAUAAAAAGAAAAUAAAACACAAGUUAUCGAUCCUUAAUUAGUGAGUUUGGUAACCGAUUUUAAUAGAGGUUUUAUAGACGUGUGUCAGCAGGGUAGGGAAAGAAGGACGAUGAUCUCUCCGAUGUCAAUCCCUCCGUCUUCAGCUUCUUCUUCUUCAUCAUCUUCAGCCUCUCAGUACACAUGGUCAUGGCUCCAGCGCAUCCGGUUGCUACAAUUCCCGGAGCUACGGUCUAUCCUCAGCCUAUUGGCCUCGUUCCCGCCAUAUACUCUUACCCUCAGUACCAGAAGAGAUGUUGAGCUUGGUUAUGGUGAUGAGUACGAUGAUGAAGAAGAAGACGUGAAACUAUUUUUUUGGGGAGGUCAAAACGAGUGGAAGAGUGUAGCAUUGGAAGUGGAGGACUCACGGUCAAGCUCAGUGUCAUGUAGUGCCUGUCUUUCAAGUGGCUUUCUCAUUGUCAUCAGUCAGUCGUAUUUUUUGUGUAACUUGCACUCUUCUAUUAUGCAAGUCAUGAGUCAGUCAAUGAAAUAGAUUGCAUCAGUGCUUCUUGUAUUCUUCUGUAAAGAAAUGUCACGGACAGGUCAAGAAAGGUCACGGACAGGCUUGUAUGCAUUAUUGUCUGUGCCUUUCCCUUGUAUUCACAACACCAAAGUUAUAUAAACCAAACAAUUUGAUCACAAGUCAUCUUUCUCUUCUA